AUUAAAUCCCCUAAUUCCCAAACCCAAAACUCCAUCUUCUACGAGCCGCCGAAACCCUAGAAGAGAGAAGGAGAGAGUCAAGAGAAGGAGUAGAAAGAUGACUACACGGUUCAAGAAGCACAGGAAGAAGCGCGGUCACGUGAGCGCCGGACAUGGAAGAAUCGGGAAGCACAGGAAGCAUCCGGGAGGUCGUGGAAAUGCCGGAGGUAUGCACCACCAUCGCAUACUCUUCGACAAGUACCAUCCCGGUUACUUCGGGAAAGUUGGUAUGAGAUACUUCCACAAGCUUCGGAACAAGUUCUACUGCCCCAUCGUCAACAUCGACAAGCUCUGGUCGUUGGUACCCCAGGAGGUGAAGGACAAAGCCACCAAGGACAACGCUCCAUUGAUCGACGUCACUCAGUUCGGCUACUUCAAGGUCUUGGGCAAGGGAGUCUUGCCAGAGAACCAACCAGUUGUUGUUAAGGCAAAGCUCGUGUCCAAGAACGCCGAGAAGAAGAUUAAGCAAGCCGGUGGUGCUGUUGUUCUUACCGCUUAGGUUGGUUUGGGGGCCUUUUUUUUUUAAAAAAAAAAAUUUAAAAAUUCUCGAUUAGGAGUUUUGAAUUUCACUGCUAUUUUGGGUGUACUUUACAUUUUGAUCUGGUUCUGUAAGACAUUUUUAUUUACAUUUUCUGUUAUAUCUUUGAGAGUUUUAAAAUGGGAUAUUUUUAUGCAUUUUUUUGCGAAA